AUGGAGGACGACCGGGUCCUUGUAGACCUCGGUGUUGCUGCUGAGAUAGAGGAGAAGGAGGUGAGGGAAAAUGUGAUGAAACAGCCCAAGAAGCGUUUUGUCGGCAGGAGAGCUGCGGCCGAAGCCGCGAAAUCGAGUCCAGGGGCUGCGUCAAUCGAGGAAAGUGGAACUAUUCAAGUUGCUCAACCAAGGAGGGCACCGAGGAUGCUCAACCAAGUACCUCCCGAUAUUCUCAACGACGAAGCCUUGAAAGCGGCGAUAUCCCUUCUCCCAGCAAACUACUCCUUUGAGAUUCCAAAAACCAUCCACCGGAUACGUUCGCUGGCCGCCAAAAAGGUAGCCUUGCAGAUGCCAGAAGGCCUCCUCCUGUUCGCCACCACGAUUUCCGACAUCCUCACCGAGUUCUGCCCAGGUAUCGAAACACUCAUUAUGGGCGACGUAACCUACGGCGCGUGCUGCAUCGACGAUUACACCGCACGAGCAAUGGGCUGCGACUUGCUAGUUCAUUACGCCCACAGUUGUUUGAUCCCGGUGGAUGUCACCAAAAUCAAGACACUCUACGUGUUCGUUGAUAUCAGCAUCGACACAUCACAUCUGCUCGCCACCCUAGAACGCAACUUCUCUCCGGGUAAGACACUUGCUCUAGUAGGGACAAUCCAGUUUAAUGCGACAAUACAUGGUGUCCGGUCGACCUUGGAAAAGGCGGGCUUCAAGGUCAUCGUACCCCAGAUCGCACCGCUGUCGAAAGGGGAGAUUCUAGGUUGCACAUCACCCAACCUUUCGACAUACACUGACGCCCCCGUGGACCUGAUUCUCUACCUUGGUGAUGGCCGUUUCCACCUGGAAAGCAUCAUGAUCCACAACCCGAAUAUCCCGGCCUAUCGAUACGACCCAUACUCACGCAAGCUCACACACGAGACAUAUGGUCACGACGAGAUGCAGGACAUCCGACGGGAUGCUAUUCGGACGGCUAAGAAGGCCAAGAAAUGGGGACUCAUCUUGGGAUCUCUCGGGAGGCAGGGCAACCCACACACCAUGGCUCUAAUCGAGAGCAAGUUGAACCAAAUGGGCAUCCCUUUCAUCAACCUGCUGUUGAGUGAGAUCUUCCCUGGGAAGUUGGCCAUGAUGAGUGAUGUGGAAUGUUGGGUUCAGGUAGCGUGUCCGCGGCUAAGUAUCGACUGGGGGUAUGCGUUCCCAAGGCCGCUGCUGACGCCAUAUGAAGCGUUAAUCGCGCUGGAGGAGAAAGAGGACUGGGGCAAGGGGCCAUAUCCUAUGGAUUACUAUGGCAAGGAGGGGCUUGGGAGGACAAAGCCAGACAUUGUACAGCCUAGCUAG